GUGGCCAGGCCCGCUGCGUGCCGCAGGGAAGGCUGGGGGUUGUAGUUUGAAGCGGGACGGGAGCUGUGCUCUGCCUUGCGCGGAUCUGGGGUGACAAUGGAACGUUCUCUCGAUUUAAACCGUUCUGUUGUAACCACCGCGAUUGGGAUCUUGAUUGUGUUCGCGUUUCACGGAGCGGACAGCAGCCGGAGUGACUCCGGGAUCGCCACACGGGAGCAGCAAGUGGCAGCUAACAUAGUGUUGGUCACUUGUGACUCUUUGGAUGGAAGAUUGACAUUCAGCCCACAGAACCAGACAAUUAAACUUCCCAACAUAAACUUCAUGAAGGACAGUGGUGCUGUUUUUCUCAAUGCCUACAGCAACUCCCCAAUCUGCUGUCCUUCUCGAGCAGCCUUGUGGAGUGGCCGGUUUGUUCAUUUAACGGAAUCCUGGAAUAAUUUCAAGUGCCUGAACCAUGAUUACCCCACUUGGAUGAAAAUCCUGCAGAAAUAUGGUUAUUACACAAAAGUCUAUGGUAAAACUGAUUAUACUUCUGGACACCACUCUGUAAGUAACCGCGUAGAAGCCUGGACAAGGGACGUCAAGUUUUUGCUUCGCCAGGAAGGUAGACCAACAACUGUUCUGACUGGCAAUGAAUCAACUGUGAGAGUCAUGGAUCAUGAUUGGCAGAAUGUAGAUGAAGCUACAAAAUGGAUCCGAUACAAAGCAACACAGCUGGAUCAACCAUUUGUUCUGAGUUUGGGUCUGAAUUUGCCUCAUCCGUAUCCAACGCCAAGUAUGGGAGAGGCAUGUGGAGGUUCCACAUUUAAAACAUCUCCCUACUGGCUUAAAAAGGUGAAAUAUCACUCAAUCAGGAUUCCAAAAUGGCUUGCUUUUUCUGAAAUGCAUCCUGUAGAUUUUUAUUCCUCAUACACAAAGAACUGUACUGGCAAUUUCACAAAUCAAGACAUCCUGGGCAUCAGAUCAUUUUACUAUGCAAUGUGUGCCGAAACAGAUUUGAUGCUUGGAGAAAUUUUAACAGCCCUUCAUGACACAGGGCUCGAAAACAACACUUACGUAAUUUUUACUUCUGAUCAUGGUGAACUGGCAAUGGAGCAUCGUCAGUUCUAUAAAAUGAGUCUGUAUGAGGGAAGUUCACAUGUUCCUUUAUUGAUGAUUGGGCCAGGUAUCUCUGGAGGACAACAGAUUUCAAAUUUGGUAUCUCUUGUGGAUAUUUAUCCAACUCUUCUUGAUAUUGCUGGAAUCCCCGUUCCUGGAAAUAUAAGUGGUUAUUCUUUGUUCCCAUUGUUGAAAGAAUUUGAAGAGGAAGUGUCUGUUAAAAAAUUGCGUCCUGACUGGAUUUUUAGUGAGUUUCAUGGCUGCAAUGUAAAUGCUUCCACCUAUAUGAUUAGAACUGGUCACUGGAAAUAUGUGGCCUAUGCAGAUGGAAUUACUGUGCCUUCUCAGCUGUUUGAUCUAUCAGCUGAUCCAGAUGAACUGAAAAAUGUGGCUAUUAAGUAUUUAGAUGUUACGAGUGCUCUUGACAAAAAACUUCGCUCCAUACUAAACUACCCAGAAGUGUCCAAAACUGUUCAUCAGUACAACAAACUUCAAUUUGUCAAAUGGAAAAGAAGUCUAGGAAAGAAUUACACAGAUGUUAUCGCCAAUCUCAGAUGGCACGAGGACUGGCAAAAGGAUCCUGCAACUUAUGAAAAUGCUAUUAAAAAGUGGUUAUAUUCUCCUGCUAGAAUGUAGCUUUGCAUAUAUUUAGUUUUCCACCUUUGUACUGUUAAGUACAAGCUUUUCCAAGGUUCCAUCCUUGGCUAUCUCCUCUGCUCAUCAACAUAUUGUUGCUGCUUGUAGACAUGGACAAAUGUGGACCAGCAUCUGCAACAUUCUUUUAAUUCUUUUGUUUGACCAGAGUCAAGCCCAGCGUUUGUUGCUCAUCUGUAAUUACCUUAGAGAAGAUAGUGAUGAGACAGUUUCUUGAACUGCUACAGUUCAUCUGGUGCAGGUGCAUCCAAAAUGCUGUUAGGACUGGAGUUCCAGGAUUUUGCCCCAGCAAGAGUGAAGUUAUGGCUAUUGUUCCAAACCAGGAUGGUAUAGCUUGAAGGGAAAUCUUCAAGGUGGCGAUAUUGCUGUGGAUCUGCUGCCCUUAUUCUUAGUGGUAGAUAUUGAGUGUUUGGUAGUUGGCUGAAGGAGGCCUGUCAAUUUGCUGCUGUGCCUCUUGCAUAUCAACCAUACUGCUGUCAGGGUGCAUUGGUGGUGGAGGAAAUGCAUGUUUAACAUGGUGGGUGUAGUGCUGAUGCAAUGAGCUGCUUUGUUCUGGACGGUGUCAAACUGCUUGUGUUGUUGACCAAAUUAAGAGACAUAGGUAUUUCUUAACCAAAUGCCAAUCACAUGCAAAGCAGCAAUCAACCAGGCCAAUAAAAAAUUGAACUAAACAGCCAAAAGAUUGAAUAUGAAUAAAAUAAAUCUGUAAUCAAACAAUGUAGGUUAAACUGCACUUUUGUGUACUGAGUGUUGAUAUAUAUGGGUGCAGAACCAAACAAUUGGGUUAAUCCAUAGAGCUGUUUGCAUCAAUAUCAUUGCAACAGAUUAUCUGGUCAUUAUGGCAUUGUUUGAGGAAAUUUGUUUAUGUUCAAUAAUGAUGCCAAAUUUACUACAUUAUAACACUGAAUACACAUCUGAAUUAUUUAAUUGACUCAAGAAAUUUCAAAGAUGCUAAAGUCACGAGAGGUAUUACAGUCUGUUCUAAUAUAACGUGAUAGUUGGGACUGGAAUCACGUUAUGGCCAAUACAGGUCAGGAAAGUUUGCAUUCUACAAAUAAUGGUCUAAAUUCUUCAAUCGUGUUAUUACCAAUUUACGUUGAAGAAAUGCAACUUAUAGCAGAAUUGAUUGUAUGUAAAUAAAAGUUUUUUAAUUACUCUUU